GUGUAGCUUAGAGGAGUAUCUAUUCUGUUAGAUAAAUGGCAAGCAAAAAGCGAGAAGUCCAGUUACAGACAGUCAUCAAUAAUCAAAGCCAGUGGGAUGAAAUGCUGCAGAACAAAGGCUUAACAGUGAUUGAUGUUUACCAAGCUUGGUGUGGACCUUGCAAAGCAAUGCAAAGUUUGUUCAGAAAAUUGAAAAACGAACUGGACGAAGAAGAAAUUCUGCAUUUUGUUGUUGCAGAAGCUGACAGCAUUGUGACUUUGCAGUCAUUUAGAGAUAAAUGCGAACCUCUUUUUCUCUUUAGUCUUAAUGGCAAAAUUAUUGCAAUGAUUCAAGGUGCAAAUGCACCACUUGUUAAUAAAACAGUUAUUGAAUUGAUCAAUGAGGAGAAGAAAAUUGCAGCAGGUGAAAUGGUUCGUCCUCAGUAUAAUGAAAUUGUGUUAAUAGACUCAGAAGAUGCCGGGGCAGCACAUUAUGAAAGAGUUUCAAAAGUAUAUAACAUUGCUAUUAUCAAACCCGAUGCAAUGAUUAAUAGAAAAAGUAGAGAAAUUAAAGAAAAAAUUGCCAGUGCGGGAUUUGUCAUUGAUGCAGAGGAUAAGACAGUGCUCACUGAAGAACAAAUUAUCACCUUACAUAGUCAAAUAGUGGACCAGCCUGACUUUGAAGAGUUCAUCUCGUUGAUGACAAGUGGCUUAAGCUAUGUUCUAGUUGUAUCUCAAGGAACAGAACAACAGUCUAUCUAUGAAGACAUUGAACCUCAGUCUGAGACUGAAGCCAAAGAACUAUCUGAGGACCAACCUGAGGUUAAGAUCGCAACUGGAGCAAUGAAGAAGAAGCGAUAUAGUUUACAAGAAUAUCUGGAAAGACAACAUAUAUCUCAGUUUUGCUAUGUUGAAGAGAACGCAACGAAUGUUACUCGGUUAAUUGAUGUCUUUUUUCCUGAUUUUACCAAGAUGAAAAGUAUGAAAUUAGAAAAAACACUGGCAUUACUUCGACCACAUCUCUUUCAAGAAAGGAAAGAGGAUGUUUUGAAGAUUAUUGAAAAUGAAGGCUUUAAAAUACUGGAGCAAAGGCAAAUAGUAUUAUCAAAAGAGGAAGCAUGUACACUGUGCAAGGAAUAUGAAAAUGAAGACUAUUUUGAGAAACUUAUAGAAAACAUGACCAGUGGUCCAUCUCUAGUCCUUGUUUUACUGAGAGACAAUGGCUUGCAAUACUGGAAAGAUUUGCUGGGACCAAGAAUUGUUGAAGAAGCCAAAACAUAUUUGCCAGAAAGUUUAUGUGCACAGUUUGCGAUGGAAAGUUUGCCUGUCAGCCAGUUGUAUGGAAGUGAUUCAUUAGAAACUGCUGAAGAGGAAAUACGGUAUUUCUUUCCUCUUCAAAGCACUUUAGCCUUGAUUAAACCUCAUGCGACACGUAAAGAUAAAGAGGAGAUCCUCAAGCUUAUUAAGGAGGCUGGAUUUGAUGUGACACAAGCAAAGACAGUGACUCUAACUCAUGAACUGGCAGACAAAAUUUAUCCAAAAAUAACAGGAAAAGACUUUUAUAAUGAUGUAUUAGAAAUGUUAUCUGAAGGUCCAUCUAUGGUCAUGAUUCUGACCAAAUGGAAUGCUAUUACAGAAUGGAGACGAUUGAUGGGCCCAACAGACCCAGAAGAAGCAAAACUACUGUCCCCAAACUCCAUCCGAGCCCAAUUUGGAAUAAGUGCGUUGAAAAAUGUUGUCCAUGGAUCAUCGAGUGUCUUUGAAGCAGCAGAGAACAUUAAUGCACUUUUUGCAGAGAGUACUGAAGAAAACUAA